UUCUCUAUAAGCGACAAAAAAUGCAUUAACUAUAGAGAAAGAUGGCCUGGGAAGAGUACAAUUAGCCAAUAAACAAAAAAGCAUAAAUGGCGACCAUUGUUGUCUGUUAAAAGAUGAGGUUGUUCCUCUGCUGAAAGUGUUCUUGGGCUUUGCUUCAGAUAUUUGUACUGUUGAAGUGGCCUGGGAAGAGUACUUGAAAUGGAGGGGGACAUGAAAGAGAAGCUUUUGAGAAGAACACAACAAAAGAGCGAAGUCGAUGAGGAGGUUCCAUUGAGGGAGAAAGUAUGGACUGAGACGAAGAAGAUGUGGGCAGUAGCUGGCCCUGCCAUUUUCACUAGGUUCUCUACGUUUGGGGUAACUGUAGUUAGUCAAGCAUUCGUUGGUCAUAUUGGCCCUACAGAGCUAGCUGCCUAUUCACUUGUCUUCACAGUCUUCUUGAGGUUUGCUAAUGGCAUCCUGCUGGGGAUGGCUAGUGCAUUGGAAACUCUAUGUGGGCAAGCAUAUGGUGCAAAACAGUACCACAUGCUUGGAAUCUAUCUUCAAAGAUCAUGGAUAGUUUUACUACUGACCGCGAUCCUCAUUCUUCCCAUAUUUGUCUUUACAACUCCAAUUUUAAAGUUCCUCGGCCAGGAAGAGGAUAUUGCUAAAGUUGCUGGAACAAUUUCUCUGUGGUUAAUCCCAGUGGUGUUUUCUUUCAUUGUGUCCUUUACCUGCCAAAUGUUCCUGCAAGCACAGAGCAAGAAUAUGAUAAUAGCAUAUUUGGCAGCAUUUUCAAUUCUGAUCCACAUUCUUCUUUCAUGGCUUCUCACUGUGAAAUUCAAGUUUGGGCUUCCGGGGGCAUUGUUAUCGACAACUUUGGCUUAUUGGAUUCCAAAUGUGGGUCAGCUAUUGUUUAUUACUUGUGGAGGAUGCCGUGAAACAUGGAAAGGUUUCACUUUCCUUGCUUUCAAGGAUCUUUACCCAGUUGUCAAGCUUUCUUUGUCCGCUGGUGCGAUGCUUUGCCUUGAGCUUUGGUACAAUACAAUUCUUGUUCUUCUAACUGGAAACUUGAGCAAUGCCAAGGUUGCAAUUGAUGCUCUUGCUAUCUGCCUCAACAUAAACGGAUGGGAAAUGAUGAUAUCCCUUGGUUUCUUGGCUGCAGCUAGUGUCCGAGUAUCGAAUGAGCUAGGAAGAGGGAGCUCAAAAGCUGCAAAGUUCUCGAUCAAAAUGAUAGUUCUGACAUCAUUUUCCAUUGGAUUCGUGUUGUUUCUUAUAUUCCUAUUUAUGAGGGGAUAUGUAGCUUACAUAUUUACUGAAAGCCCUAACGUGGUUAAAGCAGUCGCAAAUUUAUCACCAUUAUUGGCUAUCUCGAUACUUCUGAACAGCGUGCAACCUGUGCUCUCUGGUGUUGCUAUCGGGGCGGGAUGGCAGAGCAUUGUGGCAUAUGUUAACUUAGCCUCUUACUACCUGGUUGGGAUCCCCAUCGGAGUUGUGCUUGGUUACGUAUUCAAUCUGCAGGUUAAAGGUGUUUGGAUGGGGAUGCUAUGCGGGAUACUGCUUCAGACUAUUGUACUCAUAGUGAUAACUUCCAAAACUGACUGGGAUAAUCAGGUUGUUAUAGCUCGUAACCGUGUACAGAAGUGGUUUGUUGCUGAAUCUGAGGAACAUAAUAACAACCAGCAAGAUGCUUGACUUCGAAUGGCCUGUUUGGCAGAGCUUAUUUUCGAGCUUAUAAGCUUCCAAUCACUCCACAUAAACUACCGUAUAUGUUAGCUUAUAAGCUCUAAUAAAUUCCAAAAAAAUAAGCUUCAAAUUGAAGCGUAUUUUAGAGCUCAUGUUUUGUUUUUAUUUUUUUCAUUUUUUCUUUGUUUCUUCUUUUUUACUAUGAUAAUAUUAUAAACUUUUUUUAUUUCAUCUUUUUAAUUAAAUUUAAUAGUCUUUUUUUGAGC